GUUGUAUUUAAACUAGUCGACCAGAACACUGCCUUGUUUCGACCCUCGUUGACUUUCUGGUAGGAUACCAGCUAUUACAGAUCAACAAUAUGGCCUCUCAGUCACGCCUGAGCUACUUAUAUUCCUGUCCGGCUAAGCCAUUUAACUAUACAACCCUUCCGAGAGUUGUAAAGGACAACUCCAAGACCCACCCAGACCAAGAAAUAUUCGUCAUCAGGAGAUUGGACGGUUCCAGGUCUAGCUUAACCAACACCAGUCUGUACCACCAGAGUUCUCAGCUGGCGAAAUACCUGGCAUCAAUUGGAAUACAGAAAGGUGAUAGGGUCGCUCUUAUCGGCCCAAAUACUUUGGAGAUGGUGGUUGGUUAUGUUGGAAUAAUGUGCGCAGGAGCAGUUGUCCUGAAUGUCAAUAUAGACAUGACAACUGAUCAGAAUGCACACGAAACGUUCCGAUUAACUGGCACAAAAUUAGUAGUUGUUGAUUCAGGAGAAAAAGCCGAACUGUUGCCGGCUAUAAAAGCUAUGCUUCAGCAUUCCAAUUUUCAAAAUGACCAGGAACAAGGGAAAGAACAUAUCAAUGUUGCAAUGCUUCGCACUGCAAAUUUAGAUGGAUAUCAGGAUGUACCGACUUUCAAAAGCAUAGCCGCUAAGGACCUAAGUCACAUAGCUCUGCCAGAAACGUUUCCUGAGGAGCCAGCAGUUAUCUUCACCACGUCUGGUAGCACAGGAAAACCGAAGAUGGUUGUUCAUACACAUAACAACUUGGCUUGUUCUCCAUUCUCUUGGAUCCCGGAUGUGGACUAUGAAAGCAUUGAUUACAACGACCGACCCUUCAGCUGGAUAGGUGGUACUCCAGUGUUCCAUAUUUUGCUGCGGAGAUCAAGAAUUUUUAUGAAUUCUGCUUUGACAAUAAAUGGCAAAAACACCGAUUUUUUAUGGAAAGUGAUGAAAGAAGAAAGAUGCUCGGAUGCGCUUUUGUUUCCAUACAUUAUCCGCGAUCUUCUUGAUCUAUCGCAAAAAAACACAGACGAUGGAUAUAGGCUUAAUCACGUUGCCACUGGUGGACAGAUGAUCGACAGUCUGUAUGCUAAGAUCAUGGACAAAUUUUGUAACCACUUGGUCAUUGUGUACGGUUGCACGGAGAUUAUGGCUACCAAUAUGUUUGGACCUUUAGUCAAAGGGGACACUUUGAUAUCGGGUGAGGUCGGUAGACCAUACCCAGGUGUCGAGGUACGUAUUGUUGAUGAGCAGGAACUUCCUGUCCUCAAAGGUACUGUUGGCAAGGUCCAGUUGCGCGGUCCCUCUUCAAUGAGAGAAUACUAUGGAGACCAGCAACUCACAGCAAAUUCGUUUGCAACAGGUGCGUGGUUUCGAACGGGCGACAUCGGGAAAAUUAGUUGCAAUGACAGUCUGGUCAUUAUUGGAAGAGAAAAGGAUGUUAUAUCAAGAGGAGGACGCAAAAUUUACCCCGGCAUGCUUGAAGACCUUAUCAAGCAUAUUCCAUUCAUCAAGUAUGUAUGUGUCGUUCCCGUCCCUGACAGAAGACUGUACGAAGAAAUCUGUGUGUGUUUUAUGAGAUCGGACGCGUCUGAAAUGACCAAAGAGGAUGUCAAGAAAUUCUGUGAGGAACACCUCUAUGCUGAUGGCACAGUUGACGGGAUCGGUGUGAUGCCUGCGUACUACGUACAGUUUGAAGAGUUUCCGUUAUUGUCAAAUGGGAAACCCGAUAAAGGGGCAAUACGAGACGAAGCUGUCAAUCGUUUACAUUUAUCUCUAAAUUAAUCCAUGACACAAAGUUUCCGCUACAUUGGAAGUGAUACAUAGAGACUAAUUGAGCAAUGCACGUACAUUUAAUUGUCUUACCUAACAAGGGGUCGCCGAGGCCAUUUAAGAUGUUGGAUUGGAAACAAUAGAUAAUUGAACAUAAAAACGCAUUCAUGGAUGAAAAAUAAUAGCAAAACUAAUUAGAAAUAGUUUCUAUUGUGACAGGAAUAAUAAAAGGAUUAUUCAUAUGACCCUUAUGCCGUCAGAACAAACAAAGUAUAAAAUGAUCAGCAUAUCAGAACUAGUAUGAUAGCGGUAAUUGUCUUAGCUUAUGAGAGAGAAAAAAAAAACAUUGGACUUUUAUAGCUUAUUGAAUAAUUCAGAAUUCACAUUAUAGCUAUGCAUAUUAGUUAAUAGUUUAAUUGUAUAUUUGGUUUGAUUCUUAUACGAACAAAGGCAUGAGAGACGACAUUAAGACCUCCCCAAUAUAUCUUUCAAGAGCACCCUAUCAUUGAAAUUGUUCAGGGAAGUACAUUAUAAAACUUUGAGAAUACGCAAAGAUAAUGCAAUAAUAUCAUGUCGGUAGAUUUUCAGGGGAACUAUAUUUCAAAGUUUGGCAGGCGUUAAAGAGAAUAACAUAAACAUUAACUAAAUAACCUAAUAGACAAUAAUGUAAUUAUGCUAGUUCCAUGUAAGUAGCUACUCUAGAGUCGUAGUAUAUUGUAUGAUCAAGCUUGUUCUCUGUGUACUUUAAUCUAACUCGGUCCAAGUAUACUUUGAUCUAGCAUAUUUCAUUAUUACUUUGCCUUUUUUGUCUUUGGUU